AUAGAGUCGUAGUACAUGUAUUGAUAGGCGUCUUAGUUUUAAGUUUGUCGCAGUUUUAAUCUUCUCAUACAUUAGUGGUUAUAGAAAAUGACAUAUAUUAUGUGUGUUAAUAAGUGUUUAUUAUACUAUGUUAUAUUCUGGCGACUUACCUGGAAUGAAAUGCACUGUUUGCAAAAUCCACAAAUUCAUCGCAAAGUCCAAAAGACAGAAGAGAACUCUCUGGGAAGGAAAAAAUUAACGGGAGCUGAAAGCAACUUGCUAGAGGAGGGUCUGAGGCUCUACCAUCAGUCAGCAGAUCCUCAAUUAAUUCUGAGAGUGAUAGGCGCCAUAGACAAGACUGUUGGAUACUACGAAAAAAAUUACGCUCUAUUAAACUUUGAUGGGAUAUUUGGUGCCAAAGUUGUCGAAGGGCAGUUGAACUUGGUUGUUGCUGAAUAUAGCAAAGGAUUUCUUAGUGAUAUAAUAGAUGACAGUAUGAAGAAUGAUGUAGUUAAAAUUGCAGCAAGAGCAGGUCACAUUGUGAAGCAAGCUAUGCCACAUCUUUAUGUAAAAUAUCCAGGACAAAUGAGGCAAAUGAGAAGACUCUUUUAUUUGUCAUGGGACAUCGGACAUUCACAUCGCCUGGUUGACUUAGGUUUGACAUGGUCAGAUGAUCUACAUCUCCAAGCUCAAGCACUCACAUUUAAUGAGGAGGAAAGUAAUCAGUGCUUGGCUGAGCUUCUUGAACCAGUGGAUGGAAUGAUGUGUAGAAUGAGCGAGUACUGCCAGCGUGUGAUGACAAAGCCUGGAAUGGAAAAAUACAUUCUUUGUCACCAGAUUCUUUACUCAGUUGUUGCAGAAAUGAGUGGAUGCGGGAGUCGACUGGAGAAAUGGUUAGUGAAACACAAAAGAAGUGGAAGCUUGGAGCAGCUUCAAGAAGAGAUGUGCUCAAAUUUGUACUCAGAAGCUCUUGCCUUAGCUGCUACUACAUUUAGUGAUGAUGUGCCUACAUUUAGAGAUUUAACUGUAGAGAUGGAAUUUGUUUGUGGCAUGUUGGGGUAUGUGGAGUUUUUACGAAGAGACUGGUUACUUGGUAUUUUCAAAUGGCAAAGUGAUAGUGGAUGUUUCCCAUCUACCAAACAGCCAAUAGGUCGCAAACUCCUCAUGGAAGAAGAGUUACCUGAUGGAUGCCUCUCUCAUCUGACAACAGUUGCUGUUUCAGCCCUUGCAGUUCACUUACAUUAUUUGCUCAAUCCCAGUAGAGUAAACAUGGUGAAAAAGAAAGUGCCACCUCCGAUGGUUGAUCCUGCCGUGUUUUGUUUUGCAGCCACCACCUCCAGUCAUUUACCUCCAGAG